CUAAGAUCAACUGCGAUCGGCUGUGGAAAUUAUCUGCUGAAAGUAAACUUGUAAGUUUGUUUGUCCAAAUUUCGCCUUUAUUUUCGUUUUUCUGACGUCUUCUAGGAGAAAAUGUUUGAUUAAGUUGCAGUGUGAGAUUUAUAAUAAGAGGCAAUUUUAGCGCACCUGGUAAAAAUCUCUCGCGCGGUUUUAUACUCGUCAUAGCAAAAUGCCUCUCUUGCUGGGCAAAUUUUAUAUGUGAAAAACAAGAAUAUACAUCUGGAGGAUGGUUGUCACAAGUUUAAUUGUUUUGACUCAUAUGAUCAAUUUGAUAAUCCGAGGUCCUGUUUUUUGUGUGUAUAAAUCUCGAAGCCAUUCAGAAUCCAAGAAAUCCAUCAGUGUCGUUUAAUACCUAUCUAUUUAGCCCAAAUGGAUUUCUUUUUCCUGUUUCCUACAGUAAUCCUUGUGCUUUUUGCACAUGAAGGACGUGCUGCUACAUCCCAGAUAAGGUGCUAUCAGUGUUCUUCCACCAAGUCUUACGAAGAUUGCGAAGCCAUUCAGAAAGAGAAAGAGUGCCAGAUCAACGUUCCUGGCUUUGACUGGACGUGCGGGAAAUUAAAGAGUGCGGUCUUUUUGCACAAUAUGACAAGUAUGAUGUACUCUAGGGAUUGUAUUCUGCUGAAGGAAUGCAAAGAAGAUGCUUUCUGCAAGUCGAAGCGCGGUUCUUUUGAAGCUAAAGUAGGCGCAAAUGCCACUGUUCGCUUGUCAGAAUUUUCCUGCGAGAUGCACUGCUGUAACGAAGACCUUUGCAAUGCUGCGUCUUCUUUCUUGCUUUCCAACGGUUUUUCCUUCAGAGCUUUUGCCGCUUUUGCCGUACUUUUUCUGUUUUUCUUUCAUUAAUUAAACGACAAAGCUUUGCUGAAACGAUCAGAUGAUCAACAGUUUUUGUUUAUACCUAAAAGCAUGCAAUGGAUAUAUUUAUUUGUAAUAUUAUUUUACACUGAAAAUAUAGCAAAUCUGACUAGCCUUCCGUUACGCAUGCUAUUUUCAUUUGCGUUGAAAAUGCUUAAGUCUUAUUGCAAUAAAGACUUGAUACUCUCU